UGUCUAGAAAGAAAAGAGCAAAAUAAGUGCUUAGUUCUAGCAUUUUGUGCUGUUCUUGCAGUGGUUUGGUUUGUUUAUAAAAACACGCAUGUUUUGAGCAUUCCACAACCCGGCAGAGACAAUUAUUUUACUCAAAGAGAAAACAAAACAGGUGACAGUUCACAACUAGUCAAUUCGCAGCAACUGUUAGAUGGAGGUCUGUAUAACUUUACUGUCGUGUCGGGCAUGAUUAACAUCGGACGAGGAAAAUGGAAGAAUUUGAAUCGAACCUACGAACAUUACCUAAGGUGCUUUAAACAAGUCCUGGGGUUAAAGGUUAAUCUGGUCCUGUAUGUCGACGCUAAAGCUAAAGCUUUUGCCGAAGAGCAGAGACGGGGCAUGGAGAGUAGGACACACAUCAUAAAAACAACACUACGAGACACUCCUUACUACAAGUUGUACCCUAGAAUGGCUGAAAUAAUGAACAGUACCGAGUACAAGAAGGACAACGAGUUGUUUAAGUUGAAUCUCCCUGAGGCACUCUAUCCUGAUUAUGUCAUUAUUACAUGGACCAAGCUAUACUUCAUAGACAGAACUAUAAAAGAAAAUCCAUUCAAAAACAAUUUUUUCAUUUGGCUGGAUGGUGGCUACGGCCAUUGCGCACCGAUAUUUCCAGCGAGUCACAUUUGGAGGCCGCGCGGACUGUUCGAGCAUGCAGAUAAAGUCACCUUCAUAGAACUCGGAAAAGGGAUUGAAGAGUUCAGAAAUGUCAAAGAUAAAAUCCACAAAAUGUCAAUUGCUGUAAUAAAUGGUGGAUUCAUAGCAGGUGGAACUUCAGCGCUACAGAAAUUGUACAGUCUGCAGAACGAACAAGUAGAAGAGUGGAUGGAUCAUGGAAUAGUUGACGACGAACAGACGGUUUAUUUAACGCUGUGUUACAAAUAUCUAUCGAUGUUCCAUUUAGUACGAGGCACUUGGCAUGAUGCAUUUAAACUUUUUAACUCCGAAAAAUGAUUUGCAAUAAAUCUCUAGUUAUAGCGUAAAAUUAACUAUGACUGAGGACUUUGAAUAUUUGACUCCAAAAAAAACAACGCUAUACUAGAAUUGGAACUUAUUUGCAUAUGCUGCUCUUAAUUAAUAUAAAAUGAAAUUUUAAACUCAACUUUGUUAACAACCAUAUUAUUAAUUUUAAAAUGUAUCUCUGUUUUUUUUUAAAUAGAUACUUUUUAUCAGCCUCAUUUAUGAUAUUCAAUAUUCAUAUGUCAAAAUCUUGUUUGAUAAAAAUGAAAUAUGUAUGUAUUACAAGCACUGUUGUAUAUAUUGGUUUAA